AAAAACUAAUAAAUUAUUAAAUCAAAAAAAAUAGUAGAACUUAAAUAUAUUAUAUCAUUGCUUAAAAUGAUUUGCAAUAUUCAUAGAUAACAUAUUCGCUAUAUUUUAAUAAACUAGCAGACUAAAUUAGCUAAUUAAAAUACUUUUAAGUGCCAAGAGUGCAUUUUGUUGUAUUAAGCAAAGCCUCACGAUUAAAUUAUUUCUAUAUUCCAUGCUAUUUAAUCGCCCGAUAAUGAGCAUAAAUUUUAAAAAGAAAGAAUUCAAAACUUUUUCAACCAGGUAUCUAAAUUCCAUCAUGACUUGGUUGCCAAUGUUAAUUUAUAAAUCAAUAACUUGAUAAAGGAAGUCACCAAAAGAAUGAUAUAAAUUAAACAUUUGAAUUAUAAGCUCAUAGAAGAGUGGGUAAUGGUUCAUAAAAUGAUGGUAGAUGACAAAUACAUUAAUAAUAUUAAUUAAAUGAAAACAAUGCAAGGAUUAUCAAGACUGGUCCUGGAAAGCAACGAUCUUGAAUAAAUUAAAUAAUAUUUUAAUCAAUAUAUUGCAUAAGCCAUCUAAAUUGAUUCUCUUUAAAAUAUUUAAUACAAAAAAGAGAAUGUUGAUUUUUUUAUGAAUUAUAUAUAACAUUUUCAAAAUCAAAUUAUAGCAAGCUUUGACAACAAUUUUAAGCAUAUGGCUCUUAGUUUUUUUAAAAAAAAAACCAGGCUAAACUUAAAAUAUGAGUUAGAAAACAUAUAAAAGAUUUUCUUAUAGCAAGAAGUUAAUUAUUAUGAGCAUAUGACCUAAAUAAUAAAAGACAUCAAUAAAAAUUAUAAAGCAACUGAGUACGUCUAAAUUAAUAACCAUAAUAAUGUUAAUAUUGCUGCUUAAAACUCAUAGAUAUAAGGAAUUUUUAAUCAUCUUUAGUAAUAGCCUAUCAGUAACAACUUAGAUUGCUAUAAUCAUUAAUUAAAUAACUACAGUUAAAAUUUUGAUGCACUAAAAGUUAAUCCUUUAAUUUAAAAAACUAUAUUUAGUUAAAUAGCUGAAAAAUAAACUUAUAAAUAGUUUUUUCAAUUUAAUUAAUUGAAUUCUGAAACUCAAACCAAUCAAAUACCCUAAAUCAAUAUGAAUGAAAAAGUCUAUUAAGUUGGCUAAUUGGGUUAGUAGUAAAUUUAUUUUAGAGAAAAUAACCAGCAGUAAUAGUUACCUCAAUAAAUUAACAAAAAUAUAAUUCAUGAUAUAGGAUAUAAACUCAAUCCUAUUUAAACUGAAUUAUCUAUUAUUAACCCCAUCCCAAACUUAGAUCAGUAUACUUAGUUAGAGCCUUUAAAUUUAUAAUAACAAUAAUAAUCGAAUUAGUUUUAUAAGAAUUAGAUUGAAGAAGGCAAUAAUUUACUCAAAAAUUAGGAUUAAAAAAUGGAAUAAAUAAGUGCUUUAAAUAAAAACAUUGAUGGAAAUUCUUAAGACUAUUUGUAAUAAUAAUCCCUUUUAUCUUAAGAAAUUAUUUAAAAUAAUUAAAAUGAGGAAUUACUUUCAAGUAAUUUAAUUGUAAAUGGCAACGAAAAUUAAGGAAAUAUUCCAUAGGGCAAUGAAGUAAUCAAUAGUUAACAGACAUUUAGGAAUAAAAAUGAUAAUGUCCUUGACAAUGCUAAAACAUUCUAAAAUAAUUUAAUUUUAAAUAUCGAUUAAGAAAAUAUUCCGUAAUCAGUAGAAAAUAAUGCCUUUACCAAUAGCUAAGAUUAACCAUUUUAAAGAACUGACAAAUAUCCUCUUCAAAGAGAAUUAAAUUAUUUUCUAUAGAAUGAAAAAAAUAUUAUAGAAUAAGCUGAAGCAGUUUAUCAAUCUCAAAAUACAUAAAAUAAUCUUUAAUAAAAUGUAGAGAAUGCUAAUAAUAAUUAGGUAGAUGGCGUUAUAGGACGAUAAAGCAUUGACAUAACGAAUGAAGAAAGUACAAUUCCUAAAUGCAAUCAAACUUAAUUUAUUGAAAAUUUCUUCAGUUUGCAAUAGGACUAAGCAGAAUAGAUACUAAACAAAGUUUAAUUAUAGCUGGAUGAUAAUAGAACUUAAAAUAAAGAAAUAUAACCCAACAAUUAAGAUCAAAUUAUGAAUGACACACUUCCAAUUUAAUCUAUGGAAUAACAUAAAACACUUAAUGCAUAAAUAGAUUAAGAAUCGUAAAUGAAUGACUAAAAUUAAUAAUAGAACAUUUAAAAUCAAAUUGAAUAAGAAAUAUAAAAAAUUAAUAAUUAAAAUUAAAUUUAAGUUGAAGAUGAAAAUUAAAAUAUUUAAGAGUAAGAAAAUUAAGAUAAUUAAAUUUAACAGAUUCAAACAAGCGGAGAAGAAUAAUAAUUUGUAAAUGAAAAUCAAGCUUAAAAUGUUACAUUAAACUGUGAAUAAAUGAUUAUUGAAAAUCCUGUUAAUUAAGUUUAAGAAAAAGAAGUAAAUUAUGAAUAAAAUUAAAUUAAUUCUUAAAUUGUUGCUGAAAUUGAAAUAGCUGGUUCUUAAAUUUGUACAAAUGUUAAUGAAAAUUAAAUAGCAUAAAACAGUGAGUUGUAAACUAUGGAAGAAGAGAAAAAAAAUUAGGAAUAGGAUCAGUAGCAAAUAGAAUAACAACAACAAGAUGAUAAGGAUGAUUGUAUAAUGUAUGAAAAACCCUCAGAGAUAAAUAAUAUAAAAUCUGAGAUAAAACAAAAAUAAGCAAAUAAAUCAUUUUUGAAAAAUGUUAAACUUUAAAAAUAAAAAUGCAGAACUAAUUUUAAAGAUACAAUAAUUAUUGAUUAGGAUGACGAAAUAGAAAAACACUAAACUGAAAAAAUACAUAUAGAAGAUGAUUAAGCUGAUUAAAUAUUUUUCACAUCAAAUAUAAAGCAAGAACGAGAGAAUCAAAGUAAAAAAUAAACAAUUAAUAAGUAAAUAAAUCAUGAAUUAUAAAAUUUACAAGAGGAAGAUUUGUUUAGUAUUUUUUAGGAAAAAAUAAAUUCUAAUAAAAAUUUAAAAAUGCAAGAAGAACAUGAUGUUGAGAUUUCGAAUCUAAAUAAUAAAAAUAAUUAAGGUAAAAUUAAUUUAUCUGAUAAAUAAAAAGGUGGUGAACAAAUAUGUAUUGAUUUAUUAAAUCCAAUAUCAAAAACUGUAGAUCAAUAACCUCCUUUGAAUUUAAACUUUUAAAAUCUAAAAGACUAAAAAAAUAAUGACUCACAAGUUAAUAACUUGGAAUAAUAAAAAAUAAUAAUAGAUUAUAAUUAAAAAGAUGAAAUGAACAAAAAAAAUAAAAGUCGACUAAAUUCAAAUGAAUAAUUAAAUGAUGCUUAAUUAAAUAAUAAAAAGAAUAAAAGUGCUGAGAUUCCUGUUCAUUAGAUAGAAGAUACAGUCUUUUAGUCAAAAAAUAAUAUAACAGAAGAAAAUAUUAAUGCAGCAUAAGAAAAUAGUAAGAUAGCAGGAGCAAAUAAUUUUAUUGAAGAAACUUAACAAUAAGUAGAAUAGUAGGUAAUUCAAAUGGAUUAAUUGUUUCCAGAUGAUAAUGCACUAUUUACUCCAAUCUAGAAUAGUAUUAAGAAAACAGAUGAAAACUAAUAAAACUAAUUUGCUGCAAAAAAAAUUAUUAUCACAAAGAAAUCGAUGAUUAACUAAAGUGCAUAAAAAACAUAAAAGCCAAAGCAUAUUAAAUUAAAUAUAGUCAAGAUACAAAGCGUUAAAGAUCCCAAUUAAAACCAAUAAAAUGAGUAUAACAAAUAAGAUGAUGAAAUAGCAAAUAAAUCAUUAAACUUAAGUUUUUGGGAGAAAGAUAUUGAAAAAACUGAUUUGAAUUUUAACUUUUGUAAAAAAUAUAUACCUUCGAAACAGCCAUUAACUAAUAACAAUACGUCUAAAAAUUAUUAUAUUAACUGA